GACAAAAAUAGGAAACUAUGCGCCAGAAAUUUGGGUUAGUUUUGUAAAGAUUCCAGGUCGCCCCUAUAAAUGUAAAGUUAUUGAACCCUGCUUUCCCUUAAGCACUGUAGUUAAGGUGAGUGAAUAUUUAUUUUUUAAAGAUCUGUCUCCCCCCUCGCAGGUUUGUGAGAUUUGAAAUGUUGGGCGUGGGGGCCACUUGCACGCCCCGAUUUUAAAAAAAGCUGUUCCAGCCCCAGCAGCAGGCCAGUGCAAACUAAUCUCCAGCGAGGACAAACCUCAACAGGCUGCUCUGACGAGAAACAACUGAGAACAAAUUUAAAACAAAACAAUCAAUUUUCAAAGAACCGUCCCUAAAAGGUGCAUAAUUGGGUUUCAAUUUUCCAUGAUGGAUGUAAAGCGCGCAAUGGCUCUAAAUGAGGUUAUAAGGAUCCCAAGAAUGAUAUGGUAGCAUUUCCACUAAAAUGCGCUGCAUCUGCGUUGCACGCUAGGCUGAUUGGAAAUUUCAGUGGAAGUAUUAGUGGAGGACAAACGCUUCCUGUAACCGCGUAUAUCGCACAGAUAAAUGGAGUAACGGAAAGGAGGAAAGGGAGGGGGCUCAGUAAACUUGACACAGUGUUCAAGGAAUGGUCGGACAACUCGUGUUAACUCUCCUCUUCAGGUAAUGUUUCCUAUAAUUACCACAUAAUCUGGUGGACCAUAGAGCACAGUUCCCCCCGCCGUCGGGGAGAUAGAAUAAAAAGCGACUGGAUGCACAAGAGAGGACAAACUUGGAACUUGGAGCCCCACACCGGAUAAUUUCAGCUUCUCCUUUUUGCGCGCUCUCGUUUUGCGCUCUGCAUGCCGGCGUCCGGAAGAUGAUCACCGACCCUCAGCGAUCACUCAUAUAACUUCAGUAGCUUUAAUUCUCCACCGAGUUUUUUAAAAAGAGUAAACUUUGGGAUCAGGACCGGAACGCAACAGAAAUAAAGUUUCGCACAUGUGCAUCGUUUUGGCAGGACGCGCCGGACGCAAUCAUAAGAUAAGAAGACUUGGAAAAGGUAUCUGAAGAGAAAAGAGUUUACUUUUCCCUCCUUCCACCUUUCACCUUCCCCACUACACUGGAGCUAUGAGCGCACCGCACAAACCCGUUAUUGUGGGACUGCUGUUACUGUUGAGCACUCUGACCGAGCACUGCGGCGAGGGCGCGCCCGCCACUGCGGCCGGCGGGGACGCGCAGCGGAACUUGAGGCGGAUGGCGGAGAUCAUGAAGCAUGUGGAGGAGAGCCGGGGGCGACACGCCGCGAGAACGGAAGCCCCGCUGACGCCGCGGGCGGUGGGCAGCGGGUCGGCGGAGCACAGGGAUAUCCGCGGCAAGACGGAUAAAGGGAACCAGGCUCUGGCUUUACCCCCCACAGAUUUUAAAAUGAAAGAGAGAAUAAUUAAAUAUUUCACAGGUCCACUUGUGUUCAGCUCCAAAUGCAGGAAGAAUGCAUACAGACUUUACCACCACACCAGAGACUGCACGUUACCUGCAUACUUCAAAAGAUGUGCGCGACUUCUCACACGGCUCGCAGGCAGCCCACAGUGCACAGAGGGGUAGCACACACACACUCAUAAGGCUGAAGUCAAUCACGAAUACUUCAGAGGAAAAGAUGCAAAAAAAUACUUUGGUAAAACGUGCCUUUGGACGGUGAGAGGGAAGCCUAAAUCUGACCUGCCUGACCAACUUUAGGCACAGCGUUUUGCUUCACUCACGUCCCUUCUGCUGAGGUGAAAACUGCUGCCAGUCACCACUUCAGCUGGGCCUCAAAGGUUAGCUCUCAUCACACGGGAGCAACGAGGCAAGAAAAACCCAGGCCAGGAUAAAGAUGGUGAAGAGUGGAGAUAAGAAACUAGCAAAGAUAAGCAAAGUGGGGGCUUUUCUUACUUCGCACUGGAAUUCAAAAGGAUGUAGCUUAAACAAAUGGAAAAAAAAAUCAAGAAUUACUUUCACUUCAAGACAUUUUUGCCCUUUUUGAAUGCUUUAGGUUUGUUUUACAUUGACUUUUGCCCUUCUUCUGCACUACAUUGAUCUAAAACAGAAGUUCCCACAGACCCCCAGCUGGUGACAGCAUAGUGUCACCCACUUGUGCUCGGAAUGAACUGUCGUUAAAAUAUUGCUUGAAUAUUUUCCUGCAAAACAAAAACACAAGUGGUGGCUGUAACCACAGCCAAUCUGUUGACAGAGUAAAUCCUGGGUACAGCGUGGAAAAAGCCUAUGUUUAUGUAUUUGAGUCGUCUAAAGGCUUAGUGGUACAUAAAGCAUAGGUCAUGAUCUGUUCAACCAGGAAUGUAAUGUACAUAUGGUAAACACAACCAUUGGAAGAAUCCAUAAUAAAUGAACAUUACUGUCAUUUAGCAAAAAGUGUAUAUCUAUAUAUAUAUUUAAAAUGAGAUAUAUUUAAAUAAAUUAUGAGAUUGGUACAAAAA